CGAGUCCGUUUGUUUACACUGAGAUGAUAUUUUAUAUAUUAAUAAAUAUAAAUCAUUAUAUUUCACAUUUAACGGCGUUGGACCUUUCCGUCGUCAUCCCCUCCCGCCAUGUGACGUCAUCUCAGCGCGUCACAGGAAGGGAAACAAAAACACCCCAAACAUUGAUCAGAAGCUUGAUAGUGAUCAGUUUUCAGUGUUUCACUAGUAAUCAGCUUAUCGAUCCGCAGACUGACUGCAGGUUAAAAUGGAUUCUAAGUGUUUCUAACCGCCAAACGGAUCCUAUUGAUCUCUGACCGCUUUCUACUGACGGCGGAGUGACCUCUGACCUCGGCACCAUGAGCUCCAGGCUGUGCAGGACCUGCGGGGGGUCGGACAUCGAUGUGGACCAGGCCCGGGGCAGCGCGGUGUGCACCGGCUGCGGCUCGGUUCUGGAGGACAACAUCAUCGUCUCUGAGGUCCAGUUUGUGGAGGGAAGCGGAGGCGUGUCGUCCGCCGUGGGACAGUUUGUCUCCGCUGACGGUCCGGUGAAGGCGCCCCUCCUUGGUUCUGGUUUUCACACCAGUGUUGGUAAAGAGUCCAGAGCUCAGACGCUGCAGAGCGGUAAGCGUCAGAUCCACCACCUGGGCAGCCAGCUGCAGCUCAACCAGCACUGUCUGGACACGGCGUUUAACUUCUUCAAGAUGGUGGUCAGCAAACAUCUGACCCGCGGACGCAAGAUGGAGCACGUCAUCGCCGCCUGCCUCUACCUGGUGUGUCGCACUGAGGGGACGCCACACAUGUUGCUGGACCUGAGCGACCUUCUGCAGGUGAACGUUUACAUCCUGGGAAAAACCUUCCUGCUGUUGGCUCGAGAACUCUGCAUCAACGCUCCCGCCAUCGAUCCGUGUCUCCUGAUCCCUCGGUUUGCUCACAUGUUGGAGUUCGGAGUGAAGACUCAUGAGGUUUCCAUGACGGCUCUUCGUCUGGUUCAGAGGAUGAAGAGGGACUGGAUGCACACAGGACGCCGACCCUCUGGACUCUGUGGAGCAGCUCUCCUGGUAGCGGCUCGGAUGCAUAAGUUUCGUCGUACAGUGAAGGAUGUGAUUGGUGUGGUGAAGGUUUGCCAGGCGACUCUGAGGAAGAGGUUAACAGAGUUUGAGGACACCCCCACCAGUCAGCUGACCAUCGAUGAGUUCAUGAGAGUGGAUCUGGAGCAGGAAUGUGACCCGCCCUCCUUCACCGCCGCUCAGCACAAGACCAAGAUGCAGCAGCUGGAGCAGGAGCUGGCCCGGAAGCUGAAUGAGGUUGAAGGAGAGAUCAGCUGCUACCAAGACGAGAUCGAGACCGAGCUGGAGAAGAGCCGACCCAAACUGAGAGGAAUCUAUGCUGCGUACACCAAAGAAAUCGACCCUCAGGACGAGGAGUCUUUGAUCUCUGACCCUGAGGAGUUGGAGGUUGAAGAUGAUGAGCUCCAAGCCGCCACCCAACAUCUGACACAGGACUUCCUGUGUCACGUGAUCCAGGAAGAGGAGGGGCGGGGCAAAAAAACAGAUGACAGUGUCGGCGAGAAGGAGGCUGGGCCAGAGCACGAGGGGGAGGGGCCUCCACGUCACACUGCCCCUCUGGCUGUCAUUCUUGGGAAGCUGCCGAGGGUCGCCAGCCUGGGCCUCCAGCAGACUUUCCAGACCUUCAGCAAAUUAGAAACAGACAGCCAACCAGAUGACGAGCACUCUGAGAGUGGAGACCUGGAUCUGGAUGGUAUUGAUGAUCAGGAGAUUGAUAAGUACAUCCUGAACGAGAAGGAGGUUCAGGUGAAGACGGAGCUGUGGAUGCAACAGAACAAAGACUAUCUGAAAGAGCAGAGCGAGAAAGAGGAAAGGAUAAGGAAAGAGAAGGAGCGGGGGACAUAUAAAGAGAAGCCCAAGAAGUCCAAGAAGAAGAAGGAGAUGAUCCAGGCAUCGACAGCGAACGAGGCCAUUGAGAAGAUGCUGGAGAAGAAGAAGAUCUCCAGUAAGAUCAACUAUGAUGUCCUCAGAGACCUGAACAGUCGAGGGACAGGAAGCGGAGGGGGCAGCAGUCCCAGCAGAGCCUCUGACCCCCCCGAUAGCGCCGUACAAAAACGACUCAGCCGUCGUCGCCGCAAGAAGACGGGCAGCAGCAACCUGGACCUGGCCAACACAGCUAGCAUGAUGGGGAAGAGGCUCCGCCCCCUCCUGUCCUCCACGUCAAAGAAGAAGAAACCUGCCUCCCAGGCAGAGAACGCUGCCACUGUGACAACCAAUACCACAACAGAGGCAGCUGCUGAGCCAACCCCCGAACCCGAACCGGACCCUGAACCAGACCAUUGCUCUGCCCCCAUGGAAGAGGAGGAGGAGGAGGAGGAGGAAGAGGAGGUGGAGGUGGAGGAGGAGUGUGUCAGUGCUCUGCAGCUUGUAGGAGAUUACGGCUGUGAGGCAGAGGAGGAGGAAGUCUUCUAGCUCCGUCCUGAUGACCUUUGACUUCCCCAUCUGGUUUGACCUUUGACCCCUGGCAGCUCCACUGAGACGCUUCAGCGUUACAAAAAUCAAUGAAAAACUAUCAGUGAUAAAUUAAAUUCAGUCUAAUCAUCGAUCAGUAAAAGCAUCGCAGCACUGGAAAUGAUUUGGAUGAAACUGAAGUUGAUUUGAAAUCAUUUUGAUCAUAUGAAAUUGAUCGCUGAUCAUCUUUAGUGGAUUUUUCUAACAUUGAAGCUCUCAUGUUGUUCAUAUUGUAAAAAGCUUUCAUUCAGAUGUUUGUGUAUUUUUAUACCUUGAAUGACUGUAAAUAUGAAAUUAUUGUUCCACAUUCAUGAAAUCUUUCAGACUUAAACUACAGUUUCUUCAUGUUUAGUUUUGAUGAUCUGGAAAAUAAUUUGUUAAAGGACUGAAACAUCAAACUGUUUUAAUAUUUUUUAUGUUUCUUAUGUACUUUGGUAGAUUUUCUUGUUCUUAUGUAUAUUUUUUUUAGGAUUUUGUGUAAAUUGUGUGUAUUUUAAACUGAACAUUGUGUCUUUGUUGCUCCACGUGUAAAAAGAGACAAAAACAAUAAUGAAAAAAGAAAGCAGAGAAUAAAGAAACUGACAACAGUA